GCAGUUACGCAGCAGGGCCGGUUGUAGGCAGGCAUAUAUGAGGGGGCAGUCAGAAAUGUGAAGGGGGCAUCAUAUGAACACAUCAUCCUCCAGCACUUUCCCCCCUGUGCUUAUAGUAACAUGUUCUCUUCAUUGACUUAAAUGAUUUAAGUCACUGGGUAGCUGAGCGGGCUGCUUUGGGGCAGCGCUUGUUGGUAGAGGUACAGGAGAAGCAGUACUUCCUGAUGCUCAAGUAGUAGUUAUGCUAGCUGCUGUCUCUGUACUAGCAGGAGCAUCAUUGCUACUACUGUUAGCACAGGCAGGAGCAGCACUACACUUUUUAAAAGCUCUGAAAAACGGAUGCAUUACACAGCAUUAACUUUCUCUUUGUGAGCUGCAGGAAUCUGGAGUGGAAAAUAAGGGGCGCUGCCCGCUCUUGUCCCUGCGUAGAGCCGGCCUCGUUGAAAUCCCAUUUAUCCGAAUCCAGCCGCGAGGAAAGAGAGAGCGAGCGACUGUUAGACUGUCGGUAACAAAGUAUCGGAAGCUAAAGUUGCAAUGGCUCGUCUGUGUCUCCUGGUUUUGACGGCAACAAUGUUCGGUGACGGACACGGGCCCAGUGUCACCAGAGUGGUUGUGAAAGAAGGAAACGACGCCACGUUGCCGUGUUCGCUCAGCACCAGGCAGAACAUCACGUCCGAGCUGUUUGACUGGAAGAAGGACGGUCAGAAGGAGGUGUUCCUGUACGCUGGGGGUGAAACUUACUCUAACGGCCGCAUGGGUCAAGAUGCCCAAUUCACAAACCGCGUUUCACAUUUUCCAGAAGAACUGAGCCACGGCAACAGCUCCAUCAUCAUCAGAGAUGCAGAGGUGGCCGACAGCGGAAGCUACACCUGUGAUUUUCCACAUCUGGAACAGAAGUCUUACAUUUGGCUCGUUGUUAAUCGUGACCCACAGCGCCCUACCUUAACAGACCGAUCAGGAGAAGUCAGGGGUGCAGCUCCAAGACCAUACGUCACGAUUGUUAAUGUCACAGAGAAAGAGGCUGUGCUGCAGUGUGAGGUUCUCAGGGCUUCUCCAAAGCCUAAGGUGAAGUGGCAGAGCAGUGAUGGAAAUGUCCUCCCUGCUGAGGAGCCACAUGUCUCAGAGAGAGGAGGACGCUACGACGUUACCCUCCUCACCACCGUGACCAAGACAACAACCAACCGCUUCCGCUGUGUAGCCACACAGGAGGACAUUGGCCAUGUGACUCAUGCUGAGAUCACUGUGACUUUCUGUGAGAGUACCUGUGGGGACUCUGCUCACAGAUGGAGCCCUGUUGGAAUCUGUGUUGGACUCGUUAUUGGAGUUGUUCUGACUCUUGGAGUUGAGGGUCUGGUCUUAGCUCUGCAUGGCGUUCCAAAGUGCAUCACAAGACGCUUCAACAAAGGUUCACCUGAACAGAGGAAUGGUGUCCCACGAGAAAACGGUUCUGCAGCGGUGCCACUUCAACCCUAAGUUUAAAGAAAUUCAGUGACGCCACAGAUGAGUUCAGUAUUUUGUGAGUUAACAUGGUGGAGGGCUUUGUGUGUCCUCGUGAUCUCGUCUCCCAAGACAAAUAGGUCCCAGAGACCAAAAUAAGAUGAGGAGGAGACGCAGGCUCAGACUCCAGGUGUCGUAAUGUGACUGUCAGACAUCGUUGGUAACUGAUGUAGUUGAUAAAUAUGCAGGAGAUUGUCAAUAUGUUUACUGUUGACGACAGUUUUGAGACGGUGUCCUGCAGAAAGGCUUUAGUUAUUAAUGCACAUAUGACCCAACAUCU